CAUUCGCUUUAGACGCAGAACAGAAAGCCGGCGUACUGUACACGCGAGAGGUCCGAGUGGAACGUCAAACCACCGCUUGUUUAGCGUUUAAUACGAAUUUAGUAACAGAACUCGAGCUACCGAGUGUGGUGAUAGUUGAGGUCGGUAGAGUGAUCAUCGCUUUGCGCCAUCAACAAGCACGGAUAUCAGUUGGAUGCCGCAGAAUCUGACCUGCCAAUAGUUCGAGAUCGCGAGUGGAGCGACCCUUACAACCGUCCUCAGUCAAUAAUUUAAUCGCCCCAGCGAAGCAUCUUAUAAAACAGCCGGCGCCAUGGGUAUGGGACAGAGCAAACGAUCCGUCGACAUCACAGCCACCCCGAAGAAGGGCGAGGGCGAGAAUGGCGUUGUCGGCAAGGUGGCCGACGAUGGCUCCGAGUUGGUCGGCAAGGUUGAGAAGAUUGUAGACAACGACGAGAACAAGGCGCCGAACGGCACCACCCCACACAAUGGACACGCUGAAGAACCGAAGGAGAACGGUGAGGUUGAAAAGGGUGUGGCUCCUGCGGCCAAGGCCGAAGACGACUCCUUGCCCGCUGAUGCCGCCGAAGCUGUUCCCGUCGAGAAGCAAAAUGGCACCAACGAAGAGGAGGCCUCUUCUUCCAGUCCGGAAAAGCCCAAGAAGGAAAAGAAAAAGAAGAAGUUCAGCUUCAGAUCCAUCAGCUUCUCGCGCAAGGACAAGAAGGAGGUGAAGAAGAAGGAGAAGGAGGCUACCCAGGAGGAGGCCGGAGACUUGAAGGAGGAGGCCCCCAAGCAGGAUGCCGAGAAGAAGCCCGAGGAAACCAAGGAGGUCGAAAAGACAGAGGAGAAGUCCGGAGAAGAAGUGCCACCCCCUUUGCCCACCACCCCUCCUCCUGCUGAAGAACUUGCCGUGCCAGCUGUUACUGUCCAGCCUGCCACCCCUGUCUCUGCUGCCGUUGCAGAAAAGGUUGAGGAGAAGGUCGAAGAGACCCCUGUGACGGAAACCAAGGAGCCUGAGGUUGAAUCAACACCUGCACCUGCCGAGGAGACUCACGAAACCGCUGCCGAGCCCGAGAAGGUGGCCGAGCCAGUUGAGGAAAAGAAGGAGGAGGCGCCUGCUGCUCCCGAGCCCACUCCUGCCGAGCCUGAGGUCGUAGCUGAGCCUGCCCAAGAGCCGGCCGUUGUUGCUGCCGAACCAGAGGUCAAGGCUGAGGAGGAAGUUACUGCUGCCCCUGCUGAAGAGGAGAGCCAAGAGAAGAGCGAGGAAACUCCUGAGGCCGAGGCGAAGGCAGCUGAGAGUGAACAGGUCGAAGAAGACGGAGAUGCCCCAGAAGCAGACCAGCAACAAGCAGAAGAAAAAGCGGAAGAAUAAGAAGUAAAUUGGUUCUUCGUCUUGGGGCUAGAAGAGAAGAUUUCUGCUUCAAGUGAACCCCCUCCUUAUAUCAUUGGACUUUGAAUAAUAUUAAUGAAGAUGGUCGAUUCUUAAUUUUUAUUUUGUGCCCAUAUCUCUCUCUCUUUACCAGCAUACUUGCAUUCAGGGGCCACGUUAAUAAAUUUUUACCUAGAACUGUAAGGAGGAGUAAAAAUUUGAAUACUCGCAAUCGAUGAUUUGUCAUUUAGCAAGUAAUGCAAAAACUCUUUUGACAAGCAAAAUUUCAAACAACAGUGAAAACGAUGAUUGUAAAACUGUCUGCUGCUGAGCUCAAGCACUGUAAUAAAGCCAAUAACAGGAAGGUGUCUUUAAGGAUGACUCUCGUUGUUACUGGACUGGCAAUAUUUUUUCAUGUUCUUUCUCCCAUGAGUUGUAUAAAUUUCUUUUCUGGAUAAUAAAUAAGUGCUUUGUCAAUAAA